AAUGGAAUCAAAUCUCAUCCCUCUAGACGACUUCCGGUUACCCGGUCACCCUAAUGCUCGCCUCAAACUGAACGGCUCCCCACUCAGCAUCAUCGACGCAGGAAACUUCACCGAGCAAAGCGACAGCAGCAACCUAACCGUAACAAUUGGCCUAGCCACCGUUCUCUAUAACUGGUGUCCAGAUGCCUUAGCUGCUUUUCUCGAUCUCGAUGCCUGGUUUUCGUUUACCUGGAAUCUAAGCGUGCAAGAGGGCGAGCCGAACGAGACAAGAUGGGAAAUCGGUCGCGUGGGGAACCAAAUCACCUUCGGCACGCUCAAAGACCAGGGCGAGAAAUGGACUCUCAUGCUUACGUAUAACGUUACCAUGGACGGUUCAGACCGAGGAGCGUGGGUCCCAAAUUCUAGGGAAAGUAUGCAAGGCGAUGACGAUGUCACGGAUCCAGAAGAGAUUGACCGUUUGGGGAAAGAAUGGGUGAGGGAGAUGGUACUAAAGAGGAGAUGGGAAACGGGCAAGAAGAUUCGGCAUAGGUUCUUCAUCGAGUACGCGCCCAUGGAUGACGUCUGGGGCGAUGGUAUACCAAUGAAUCCGCAUUGGCUGUACAGGGGCCUUGAUCUCAAUGAAUGCACCAACUGCAGAGGAAGCGCUUCGUCGCUCCAGCGCUGUGGAAGAUGCGGUACAGCGACGUAUUGUUCCAGUACGUGUCAGCGUAAGGAUUGGGCCGUUCAUAAAGACUUGUGUAAUAUGAGCAUGGAGGAUAGGGGUCAAGCGCUGAGGAUCACGGAGAAAGGUGGCUUGAUUAUGUGGGAUGUUGAGAAGACUAUGGCUGAGGAAGGGAGUGAAGAAGAGUCUCAGAAUCCGAAUUUUGCGGUGCCGCAGCUCAAACAUUUCGACAAAUCUACGGCCUGA